AGGUCAUCCAUAGCCACAGGCCCGUUCCCCAGCCCCAGUCCAUAGCUGCCCCGUGCAGGGAGGUGGUGGCUCUUCUGUCCCCAGACGGAGCCCGUGAGUGACAUCGCAGGCAGAGGAGCCCGGAGCCAUGUGGGGUCUUGGGGCCCUUUCUCUGCUGCUGACCGCCUGCCUGGCAGUGAGUGCCAGCCCUGUGAUGACGUUGACUGAUGACAUCCAAGUGCAGGAGAACUUCGACCUGUCUAGGAUCUACGGGAAAUGGUUCCACGUGGCCGUGGGUUCCACCUGCCCGUGGCUGAAGAGGUUCAAGGACAAGAUGACCAUGAGCUCGAUGGUGCUGGGAAAGGGAGCGACGGACAGGGAGAUCAGUGUGACUAAUACUCACUGGCGGAAAGGUGUCUGUGAGGCGAUCUCUGGGACUUAUGAGAAAACAGGCACUGAUGGAAAGUUCCUCUAUCACAAACCCAAAUGGAACAUCACCAUGGAGUCCUACGUGGUCCACACCAACUAUGAUGAGUAUGCCAUUUUUCUGACCAAGAAAUUCAGCCGCCGCCAUGGACCCACCAUUACUGUCAAGCUCUAUGGACGGGAGCCACAGCUUCGGGAAACCCUGCUGGAGCAGUUCAGGGAAGUUGCCCUGGGUGUGGGCAUCCCUGAGGACGCCAUCCUCACGAUGCCCGACAGAGGUGAGUGUGUGCCUGGGGCACAGGAGCCAGCACCCACUCCACUCUCGAGAGCCCGGCGGGCUGUUCUGCCCCAGGAAGAGGAAGGAUCAGGGGCUGGACAACUAGUAACUGCUUUCGGCAAGAAAGAAGAUUCCUGCCAGCUGGGCUACUCACAAGGUCCUUGCCUGGGGAUGAUUAAGAGGUAUUUCUAUAACGGCUCAUCCAUGGCCUGCGAGACCUUCCACUAUGGUGGCUGCAUGGGCAACGGCAACAACUUUGUCUCGGAGAAGGAGUGUCUGCAGACCUGCCGGACUGUGGAGGCCUGCAAUCUCCCCACGGUCCCUGGCCCCUGCCGAGACUCCACCCAGCUCUGGGCAUACGAUGCUGCCAAGGGGAAGUGCGUCCGCUUCAUCUACGGGGGCUGCAAGGGCAACAGCAACCAGUUCUACUCAGAGAAGGAGUGCAAGGAGUACUGUGGCAUCCCUGGUGAAGGGGAUGAGGAGUUGCUGCGCUUCUCCAACUGA